AUGUUAAGCAUAUUGAAUGGUGUGAUUAUAUUUUUUUUAACAAAUUUUUUUUUAAUUAUCAAUGCAGUAAACUAUUCAGACAGGCAUGAUUAUGAUGCAUAUGGAAUACGUAUAGCUAGUACAAAUGAUUUUGUUGUACUUGCUCAAAAUGAUGGUCUUCGUUAUGUAGUUUCAAUGGCUCCUUUUGGAAUGGGAUAUGUAUGUGGUUAUAAUUAUAAUUCAUCAAAUGAUUUUGUUAUUAGUAUAGCUGUUGGUCGACAACAAAAUUCUUCACAAUUAUCAUUUGUUUAUUUACGAACAAAUACAACAGAUGGACAAUAUAAAAUAUUAGGUUUAUUUACAUUUUCACGUGAAAAAAAACUUAAUUCAUCAAAUAAUUCAUGCAAUCGUAUGUUAAAUAGUAAUGAAGGUCAACAUGAUGUGAAAAUAUGGAAAGAUAAUUCAUCUGAGUUAUUAACAUUACAAGUUGAUCUUUAUGGAAAAUAUGCAUAUGGUUUUCUUUCACAAAAUAUUUUUAUUUAUGAUAUUAAAAAUAAUUAUGUACAAGAUCUUUUUUGGAAUGAUAUAUUUCCAUCGAUUAAUAUUUAUCCUCAUGCAUUAGAUGUAGGUGAAACGAAUGAUGAAUUUUCAAUAGCAAUUAUUGCUGGUUAUUUUGAAAUUGAUAUUGAAAGAACUUUACCAUCUAUUUAUCUUGUUCAUUUAGAUCCACCUUAUAAUAUGACUCUUGUUGAUAAUUAUACAUUGAAUUCUGAUAAUCAAAAAUUUGUUCGUGGACGUUAUGCUUCUACUUAUCAAUUUGAUUAUGUUAUGUCUGUUUCAAUUCAUGAUGCAACUCAACAAGUUCUUAUUGGUGUACCACAAUUACAUAAAACAUAUCUUUUUUCAUUUAAUAGUACAAAUUUAACAUUAAUUAAUACAUUUAAUCAUUCAGCACGUUCAACAAGUUGGCUUGAUGAUGAUGGUAUACAAGCUGGUUUACUUCUUAAUGGUCAAUCUACACUUCCUUGGGCACAAUCUCGAAUACAAGUAAUAAAUAUAUCUUCUAAUGACAUAUUAUAUGCUUAUCCUAAUAAUCAACAAUCAUUAGAACAAUGGUCAAAUACACCUUCAACAUUUAUUCGUUUAACAAAAACAUACGAUUAUCAAUUAGUUAUACUUACAACCGAUGGAGUUGUAGUGUUAGUUCCUUCAGCUGAUGCAGGUUAUUAUAGAAAAACAGAUGAUAUUAAUAAUCCAUUACAAUAUCAAGUCACAUGUCCACGUGGAACUUAUAAAAGUAUUCGAGGUCCAACACCAUGUACGGUAUGUCCAACAAUGACUAGAAGUUCUUCUAGUAAUGUAUCAUAUAAUUCAUCACAAGGUAUAAAUGUAGGAUAUCCGACAAUACAAUGUAUUGCUUGUUCGUCAAAUUCUAUAUGUCCUCUUGCUUCAAUCAGUGAUGUAAAUAAAUCACUAUUUCAAUCGAAAAGUCAAGCUUAUGCUUAUCCUACAUCAUCUUCAAUGGCGUCAUUCGAUGAUAUUCUUAUGGAAAAUACAUUUAUUCUACACACAAAUCCUUAUCGAUGUCUUCUCAUUUCACCAUUUUUUUGGGCUUUAAUUACAUUAUGUCUUGCUUUUAUUAUUCUACUUAUCAUGGGAAUUUUAUACUUUUCUCCAACAAGAAAGAAGCAUUUUCAACGUCUUAAAUGUUUAUUACGUCAUUCCGAUCUUAUUGGCAAUGGAGAAUUAUGGUUUGGUGGACUUAUUUCAUUUUCUAUUAUUGUUCUUAUCGGCUAUAGCUUUUGGUUUGGUACAGUUUUUGUUAUCGAAUAUCCAAUAGAAAAAUCGAAUGAUCCUUAUUUUGUAUGUGAUAAAUCAAUAACAAAUACUCAAUUUAGUUCAGCACUACAAUUAUUAGCUACCAUUAAAUCUGAUGAAGAAAGACCUAUAUUUGAUAUGCUUGAUGAUCAAAAAUUUACAAUGACGAUCAAUUUUUUACAGACAGGUUUCACUUGUAAUGAUGUUGCUGAGCAGGAAAAUAUUGGCACUUAUUCUGUCACAUUUCCACCUGGCAAUUGUACUGAGGAAUCAGAUAGUGCUAUAUUAACUGAAGCAUAUAAUAUACCUUCUCAUCAAAUGACUUUACAAAUAAAUUUGACAGGAUUAUAUUAUAUUGGUGGUGCUCGCAUAUGUCUUACGGGUUCUUUUUCUACAAUGAAUGAUUCAUCAUAUGUCGUUCAAAAAUUAGACUAUUGUCAAUUGUUUUAUACAUCUGAUCAAACUCUUAGUCAAACAAUAGAAAUCAAUUUUGCCCUUACAAAAGUUAUUAAUCGAACAGAAUCAUUAGAUUAUAGUGAUUCAACAAAUUAUAGUGGUAUAUGGAUUCCAACAUCAUCUAAUGGAUCACUUAAUGAUCGUCUUACUUAUUUACAACAAGGUGCAUUUCUUCGUUAUUUAUCUACACAACAUAUAUUGAUCAUUAGUUUUAGUGAAACAGAAUUUUAUGUUAUUAAUAAACAAGAACCAAUUGCACGAAGAGGUGAAAUUAUUUUUCAUAAUAUACUUUUUACAACAACUAUUAUUGGUAUUUUUGCAUUAGCUUUUCUUCUUUUUAAAUUGAUAUUUACACCAAUAUUGAAAUGGAUUAUUAACCAUGAGAAGUUUUUAUUAAAAUUUUGUAAAUUAAGAAAAGAAAAAUGGACAACAAAUAAUUAUACAUUUUAA